UGAUACCACGGACAACAGAGUCAUCUUGAAGAACGAUCUGAUGGUUGUUGCUGCAGGACCGGCGACUCACUUCGUCCAAGCACCCGCUUGGGGUCUGAUUUUGUUUCUCCUGCACGCUCUUUACACUGCUGCCGGCACCUUCACUGGCUACCUGUCUGGUUGGGAUGCUAUCCUUGACGCUUUGAACCCUCUCGGAGGAGGAGGGUUCUACUUCAUGAUGGGCAGGUGGUCUUUCCUCCCUUACAUGGUGGUCAUGAACGCGAUUGGUCUCAACGUGGCCCUCUUCAUUUUUAACGUCUUCUUCCCCAUGUACCCCGCGGACGGUGCAAAACUGUUGGUUACAGGCCUCAUGUUCUGCUGUGGGGUGACUCCUCGCAAGGCAUCCAUGGUCCUGAUUUGUACCUCGGUGCCUUGUGGCUUGCUGAUGAUUGCCUAUGCCGUUUGGGGCCUCAUCACAAAUGGCGCUCGCGGUAUCAUGGGCGGCUUGAGCGGCUGGAUGGGCAUCAUGAGCCUCAUGGAGGCCCGUCGCAUCUGGAAGCUGCGCAAGGCGCGUCAGCUCAACACACAUCCUCUCUUUGAGGUGGCCAAGAGCUGGCGGAGAACCGAGCGGGACGCCUUUGGAGUGGUGCACCGCAUCAAUCACUCAGACUUCGAUGAUGAGCAGCCCUUGACCUCGGGCGGCUGGGGGAACUUCUGUGCCCUGCUGCGCCGAGACGAACUCUCGCAGCCGCUGACUCGUGGCCGCUCCAAGUGUUGCUGCUGCUGCUUCUUCAUGGGCGGCCCUACGGAAGCCGAAGAGGUAGAGGUGGUGCCACCGAGUCUCAACACUGCUCAGCAACAAAGUCUUCGAGCACAACGAGAUCAGUUUGUACAGAGGAUGGAGCAACGUACGCAAGACGCUCCAAAUGCAAGGUGAAAAC